CUUGCCGGCUCUGUCGUCCUUCUUUUCUGUCGCUGUGAAGCUUGUCGCUUCUCCAAUCAUCAGAGUAACUGUGGGCGGCUCGGCACUCAUUCUAAAACAAAGCCAAACCUCCCGUCAACCAUGUCCUCUAAGACAUCAGAGCAGAGCCUCCUGACUGAGGAGUCUAGACCUGUUGAUGAGGAUGCAGCCACAAAUAAGGAACCAACCAUUUGGAAAGCUGAUCCUGUAUCCACGCCAAGUGUCACGAAAGUUGUUGAAUGGGAAGAUAAAAAGGAAUCGAGGGGCAUCGCGGCAGCUCUGGGCCUACCCAUCAGCCAGGAGGAGGAUUUUGCUUCACUUGGGGUCGGUAACGUGGAGGAAUUGGCCAGCUUGUCCACGGACCAGCCUCUCUCUGAUGUUCAAAUGGAGGCAUUUAAGGCUUUUUACAAGCAAGAGCGGAAAUCAAAGUCGGAGGGGCAGCAGUCCCUGGUGCCACCAGUGGUCCUGGGGGCUGCCUCAGUGGAGGACAGCACAGCCUGGGGGGAUGACGAUGAAGAGGAUUUCCAGAACUUUCUUUCUUUUCUGACGGACAACAGCAAAUUAUCUGCGUGUCUGAAAGGUGAAGCAGUGGCUGAGUCUGACAAAGGGUUUUAUGAAACCCUUCACAGGAUUCUGCAUGCUGAAAACAUCCCCAGUUCUUUACAGAAAGAGAUAGAGAGGUAUUACCAUCUAAAAACUCGUCACAUUUUGUCUUUCGAGGAGCAACAGGUGAUCAGCUAUUACGCCAAGGGAGCCAACCUGUCGGGACUGCCGUCAAGUCAGCUGUGGAAGUACAUGCUGCCAAAUGGGCCUCAGGGCAUAAGCCCUUAUUCCAAGCGACCAUCCCUGAACACUAGGCCAGCCCGGAAAUUCACAACAGCACCAAAGAUACAGCAUAUCAAAUCCAACAAAAGCAACAGGACUAUGGAGAUAGAAGAUCGCAUUAGACAGCUGACACUGAAACGAGAAGGGAUGGAGACUAAUGCGAGGAUCACACCUGUGAAAAUUAAGGUCCAUCUAAAAGUUAAGAACAGAGAGGAGCUGACCUAUGACAACAUUAACCAGAUUAGAAGAAAGGCUGAUGAGGGGUCAAACUUGUACCUUCACACCCUGACCCAGUGUAAGAAGUGGGACACGUUGCAGUCAUGGGGGUGCCUGCAUCGCUUCUACCCCACCCUGUCAGACUGCGUCAACUUCCCAGAGGUCUUCUCCACCUACAGCUGGAGCUGGAGUGGCAGGAAGAACAUGGUGGAGAUCUGGGAGCUGGGGAAGAACAAGGGGGCAGCUGCACCCCCAUCCUUCCCUGCCUCCUCUGCUCUGCCCAAAUCAACAUGACCUAUCAGACUCAACUUACAAUCUCCCUGGAGGCCAAGCCAAAUACCCCCCACA